AUGCAGAUCAACGCUGCCGCCUUUUUUGCCCUUUUGCUGGCUGCGCCGCCGGUCCUUGCCCGCACCUGCCCUGCCAGCGCGAUUCAAUGCUACUAUCCUAAUGGGCGCUGUGCAAAGUGGUGCCCGCAAUUAGGCUGUGGAUGCGCCGACAACAAGAACAGCUUGGGUGGCGGUCUCGUGCGCUCGAAGUGCAUUACCGAGUUCCAGUGGUUGGGACGUCACAAGUGCUGA